UAAAUGUGUCGUCAGUACUGGCGAAAUAAAAUGGGUCGCAUUGAAAGCUUGUCAGUUGUGUCGGAAACUUUACUCAAACUAGGUCAAAUGGAAAUUUUGAAAAUUCUAAUAACAUUUACUGUCGUAUCAUCAUCAUGGACAAGAUUAGUAUCAGCUAAUGAGAAAAACAUCCAAAACUUACCAGAUUCAUUAAACCUUCUAGCAACAAUGAAUGGAGAAAAAUUGUCAGGUGCUGCAAACAAUUUCUUCAAUGCUCAAUAUACAGCAUUUAAUUCUCUUUUGGGUCUAAUAAAUGAAUUUAAUCGUACAAGUGAAGGUGUAAAUCGAAUUGCAUCAUCAAUAUAUCCCGGACUCUUCAAGGCCAUACAAAAUUACGAUGACUCAUAUAUGGGAACCAAAUAAAGUCAUCUAAAUGCAAUACACAGAUUUAUUGCUUUUUUGCAAGAAAAUUAAAAACACUGUAAAAAUUUUCAUCACGUCACAAUUAUGUAACAUAUUAACUGCUGCAUUUCAUCAAGAUUUAAUUUUUAUUUGAGUAUACUCGUUGGUUAAAAUCAUAUUAUGUCAUCCUGAUAAUUUAUGACAUUUUCUAUGGAACUUAUAAAUAAAAAUCAUUUACACAAAAAAAUAAGUGAGAAAGACUAUAA